GUGUGUAAUCAAAUAGAACCUUUGAUUUUUUGCUCUUUGUGCACAUUCGCAUACACAAAUCUUGCAACAAAUAUUGCUGCAAAUAUUGAACAUCCCGCUGAAAACAAGCUCAUAUAAUUGAAUUAAAGAAAAUUCUUUUUAAUUUAAAAAAAGAAAAGAAGCAAAAACAUAUUCAUUUAAUUCGAAUUUAGUUUGUAUUGAAUUUCUUACAGAAACUUUCUCCUUACACUUCAGAAUUCACGAAACGAACUAUUAUGACUAAGCAUUCUGGAUAUAGUCCGGUCCAUCUUGUCACGGAACCCAAACGCAAACAUUGAAACUGACCCGAAUAUAAAACGGUCUGCGCUAGUUACAAUUAAUAUACUUUCCACACAUGUUUCGUCUGAACACUGGAGCUUAUAUAGUAUUGUAUUCAAUUUUCAGCCAAUGCUUAAGUACAGAGAUUAAGAAAAAUGCUACAACAACUGCUCUGGCAAACCUAGAGGAUGCUCAUAUCCGAGCAAAACGCCAAUUUGGAGGUUUUGGAUUUGGCGGGGGAUUUGGAGGAGGUUUUGGUGGAGGUUUUGGUUUCGGAGGUGGGGGAUGCUGUGUGAGCACGAUGAUUUGCUGUCAGAUGCCGAUUCCACCACCGAUGCCACCACCGAUCCCAAUUCCGAUUCCUGCCCCGGUCCCAGUACCUGCACCUGUUCCGCAACCAGUGCCUGUACCGAUGCCUAUGCCUAUGCCGAUGCCGAUGCCUAUGCCAGUGCCAGUACCAGUUCCCGUGCAGAGCAAUUGCUGUAGUUGCUGCAUGCCGGUUUGUAUGUCGGUUUGUAUGAGAGGAGGUUGUGGAUACGGAGGCGGUGGUUACAGUUCUGGUUAUUCAUCCGGAGGAUGCUAUGGAGGAGGAGGAGGAUCAUCUUGUGGUUGUAAUAGUUUUGGUUAUGGACGGAGAAAGAGAGCUACACUUGUGAAGAAUAAUGCCGUGGCAAUCAGGAGAAAACAAAUUGAUAUGGUUGUUCGAGACUAAUAAGAAAAAUUUAGGAAAUCUUUCAAUACGAUCACGAUUAAUAAAAUAUUAAAAUAUCUGAAAA